UUCCUAGAAUUCACAUAAAAAGUCCUUCCUUCCUGCUGCUGUAUCCACGUAGGUAUAAUAGUUAUACCGAGCAAGGACUCCCAAAAAGCACUGAAAAAGUCGCUGCACAUGGGAAGGCACUCUUGCUGUUACAAGCAAAAGCUAAGGAAAGGCCUCUGGUCACCAGAGGAAGACGAGAAGCUUCUCAAUUAUAUCACCAAGCAUGGCCAUGGAUGUUGGAGCUCUGUCCCCAAGCUAGCUGGCCUGCAGAGAUGUGGGAAGAGCUGCAGAUUGAGGUGGAUAAAUUAUCUGAGGCCUGAUUUGAAGAGAGGAGCAUUCUCCCAACAGGAAGAAAAUUUGAUUAUUGAGCUCCAUGCAGCACUAGGAAACAGGUGGUCUCAAAUUGCAGCUCAGUUACCGGGAAGAACAGACAACGAGAUAAAGAACCUAUGGAAUUCCUGCCUGAAAAAGAAGCUCAGGCAAAGAGGCAUUGACCCCAACACCCACAAACCUCUCUCCGAGGUAGAGAACCACAAAGAUAAGCCUUCCUCGGCCGACAGAACCAAUCAGAAAACCUCCGUAUUCAAUGAACAGACUUUGGCUCAUGAGUCAGCAAAACCAAAACCUCCACAACUAUACCCUCCUCUUCAAGUUUCAUCCCCUUCCAACUUCAACAAUAGCAACAAUAAUUCCCAUGAUCUAUUUCUUGAUAGGUCUUGUUCCGAUGUUGCGGGUUAUUUCUCUUUCCAACCCUUCAACAACUAUGCAACAAAUCCCGACACCAGUACUUCUCUUUGCUUCAUCCCCAGCUCUACCAGUUCCUCUCAGGCUAUGUCGGGCCUUAAUUCGGCUGUCAAUCCCACUAUUCCCCAUUCAAUAUUGCCUACAAAUGCAAAUUCCACUCUUGUCCUCCAAUCUGAUAACAAUCCCUCUGCUCAUAUUCAUGGUGUUCAGGCAUGGGAAGCCACUGCCUUUAAUAACAAUGGAGGCAAAAACAGUGGGAGCAAUAGUGAUAUACCAUUACAAAACAGCAAUAACUUCAUCGAGAACAACACUUUAACGUGGGAAAACGAUUCCCAUGUUAACGUGGCAUCCUUGCAAGCAGAACAAGAAGACAUAAAAUGGUCUGAGUAUCUUAAUACCCCGUAUUUUCUGGGCAAUCAAAUCUCUCAAUCUAUCUACAGUGAGGUUAAACCAGAAACGGGGUUCAUAACAGAUGAGGCGACUACUAGUUGGCACCAUAAUAGCCAGCAGCAUCCACAAGUUUUUCAAGCUUCAGAUGCAUAUACCAAGGAUAUGCAGAGAUUUUCAGUGGCUUUUGGACAAACGCUUUAGCUUCAGUUCAAUGAAACAGAAAGGUGCCGACAUUUUUAUUAUGUGCUGGGGUCAGAAAUGUGCCUUCUGCGUUCUGACCACAGGUGUGUGCUAUAAAAUUAAUUUUCUUUUUCUAUUUUUGAAAUUUGUAAAUGUGUUUGAUAGCAAAAGCUAGCUUCCAGCAUUAUGUCACAGUUUAAUAUUUGGGAUUGAUUCGAGGCUUCUUUCCGUCAUUUUGUUCGUCAAACAGAGAAGAACCACUGCAGAAUAAGACUUGUUCUAGGUCGUCUCUUGUUAUAUAUUCUUGAAUUUUCAUGGAUCUGUAGCGUAUAGGUUUUUUAUCUGUAUAAAAUUAACAUCAUUCUUUA